UGUACAAUAAUGACAAUGCUAAGACAGCUGAUCUUCAUGCUGUUUCUCCCUGCUAUCUCAAUCGCAGCGCACAAGGAUAUGUUUAGGCAAGUUGACAGUUCUGUUCAGCUGGACAUAUGGAGUCCUAAGGAGUCCACUGAGCAGUUUGAUGACUUGUCCUGGAUAUUUGAUAAAAAUACCAUUGUGAUGAAAUAUCACAGAGAAACAAAUAAAACCAAGCUGUACCCUCCUUACGAACGCCGAGCAGAGUACAAUGAAGUAACCCAUGGCCUGAUACUGAAGGACCUGCACAGAAAUGACAGUGGAUCAUAUUCAGCCAGGAUAAGUGGAGCUCGUGACAUGAUUGUUUCUGAAUACAUGCUCUAUGUGUUAGAACCAGUGGAGACUCCAGUCCUUACUCCCGUCCCUCACCAGCAAAGUAAGGACCCGUGUAACGUGACUGUCUUCUGUAGAGGUCAUGACCUUUCAGUCAGCUUUGGUUGUUAUAACUACACAUGUGAGGAGAGCAAAGUCAGAUCUCAUGGAGACAACACCAUUGAGCUGUAUUUCCAAGACAAAUCUAUCAUCUGUAACCAUAGCAAUGCUGUCAGCUGGAAUGAGAGUAUUAUUGAGAUGAAUGAACUUUGCUCAUCUGAAGUGUGGCUAUGGCCAGUCAUAGCCAGUGUGGCGGCAACCGUCAUCCUCCUACUCCUCGUUAUUGGUUUUUUUGCACUUUGCAAGUGGGGGAAAACAGCAGAUGAGGAAAAAUCGAUUGGCACCUUACCUGCACAGCCCGGUUCAUCUGGCUAAUUCUUGGACCAGUUCUGAUUCUACAAAUAGCCUACACCAACUAAUAACAUCUUGAUAACUACUGUUAACUGGUUUAUAUCAACAAUAUUGUUUAAAUCAUUGUCUAGUGAAGGAGAGAUUUCUAAACAUUUGUAACAUUCAGAGAGUCAUGCAGUGCUUUGUGAACUAGUGUUUCUGUUUCACACCUUAGCCCAAAACUGGAAGCUUCUUUUUGGAUAAUAAACCUAUAGAUGUUAUAAAAGUUGUCUGUCAGAGUACAACAUGAAAAGGGCAUGGACUUGAAUGUAAUAUUGAACAAACUUGAAUGUAAUAUUGAACAAAAAUGAAAGGCAUUACAGAAAUAUGACAAUUAGCUACUUUCGCUGACCAGACCUAUCUGAGAAAUGUCUGUGCAUUGUCCUAAUAUUCUGCUGUGCCUAUGCUAAUUUACAAUGUAACUAAAGAGGUUGUUUGAACUAAAGUAUUGGAAGACCAUCACAAAAUAGUGUUAUAGUGUUAUAAAGAGCCAGAAUCAUUACACACUUACCUCAAACCACAUUUAGGCAAAUGACAAGCAGUCUGCACAAUUCUUUCUGGUCAUAAGCUUCUUUUGCUUGUAUUAGGCAUC